AUGUUAAUAGUGUUACAAUGCCAAUUUGUCAGAAGAGAUACUCUAAACUUGUUCGUUAAUGUGUGUACUCUAAGUCCCUUGCUCAGUUUAGUGACUCAGAGUAACAAUACUAACCGAGUGACUCAGAGUAACAAUGCUAACCGAGUGACUCAGAGUAACAAUGCUAACAGAGUGACUCAGAGUAACAAUGGUAACAGAGUGACUCAGAGUAACAAUACUAACCGAGUGACUCAGAGUAACAAUACUAACCGAGUGACUCAGAGUAACAAUGCUAACCGAGUGACUCAGAGUAACAAUGCUAACCGAGUGACUCAGAGUAACAAUGCUAACCGAGUGACUCAGAGUAACAAUGCUAACCGAGUGACUCAAAGUAACAAUGCUAACCGAGUGACUCAGAGUAACAAUGCUAACCGAGUGACUCAGAGAAACAAUGCUAACCGAGUGACUCAGAGUAACAAUGCUAACCGAAUGACUCAGAGUAACAAUGCUAACCGAGUGACUCAGAGUAACAAUGCUAACCGAGUGACUCAGAUUUAUUCUAGGUCCCUUGGUCAGUAA